AUGGCAUCUUCAGAACAAAAGGUUGUGAAGCAAUCUUUUCAGAACAGUCAUAAGAAAAAAAGUGUUGAGAAAAUUGUCCAAGUGAUAAUUGAUGAUAUUCAGGAUGAUGUAAAAUGCCAAGAGCCAAUUUCCUCUGGUUUCUCUUCGCAUGAGACUGAAAUUUCAGCGAUGGCCUAUCACCCAAAAUGCUCUUCAUCUCCGCUU